AUGAUAAUUGAUAAACGUUCAGGCUUCGGCAAGUGGUAUGUGCGGUCGAUCUAUGCCAACAUUGCCGUCCAGGUAAAGCUCUGCCACGACCACAAGGAGGCCAAUGACGACAAGGAGUACUUGUAUGCCUGGUCCCAGCUUAUGAAGUUCUGGGACGCUCUCACCCGGCGCGAGCAAUACAAGGACAUCGACGAGGGUUGUUUUUCCGCCAAUCUGUCAUCGGCAAAGAGAAGACGAACUGGGAACGAUUCGUCAGUGGAUCUGAACGCUCUGGUCCAGUCGGACGUCGCUCGUCCACCGAAGACGACCGCGGACACUUCGUGCUUAUAA